GCACCACCGCGCGCGUCAACGCGUUCUCCGCAGGUUCUCCCCGCCGGACUACGUAUAGUGUUUGGGCACAACCGACCACAGACACCUCCGUCACUUUCAAUACCAAUGCUCAAAGCUCAACACCCCCUUGAUAAGACACAAUGUCCCUCUUAGACUCGCUCGCACAGCAAAUUCAUGCCACCCUCCUCUCACCCCCUGCCAAGUUUCUGCUGACCUCUGGACGGGCGCUCGACGACCAGUGGUGGAGAGUGCGCUUAUUCUGGAACGGUGAUAGAGAUGGCAAGACCGAAGUAAGAGUUUGGACCGCUGAUAUCAAUCUAGACGAGGUUUCGGCAACAGAAGAAGAUUUGGCUGCGGCUAUCGAAACCGGCAUGCUCCAUGUCGAUUGUGGACGACGAAGUGUCGAUUUGUCCGCUUUGGAUGAGCUUUCCUUGCAUGUACUCAUUCAGCCGAAGCCCAUCAUAACGUACCUCACUCUAGGGAAAGUAGAGGAUUAUGUCGGUCAGCUGAUUGAAGUAAAUUACAAGUUACUGUCAAGACCCGUGGCCACGAAAGAAGAUCCAUCCGAAGUGAAGAAGCUCCGUUCUCAGCUAGUCAGAAAAGACGAAGAAAUCGCGACAAUAAGGAGUAAGAUGUCGAAUUUGAGCAGUCAAGGAGCUUCAAGGGGAUCAGAUUAUAAAUCCUCUCCAAGUCAAAGCCCGCAAAAACCGCGUACGAUAAUACCGAAGAACGCAAGCAAGAUACAACCCAACCAAAAACGACGUAGGGUUAUGCAAGAAGAGUUUGCGAGCGACUCCGACUCAGACUAAGCGAAAGUUGGGGGCAUGUCUAUAUCCAUCCACCUUUUGCGCCGACCGGUCAGAUAGAGGCAAAGGCGAAAUGUUGACAAGGAGGUCAGCGGGAGAACCAGUUUUUGGACGGCCUAUGCACAUGAUGUAGACAAUCG